AUGACGUACACGCUCGUUCCAGAGGCUGAGCAGCAACCUGUCCCAGGGUUGCAGCACCCUGGCAGGAUGACCCAGAAACUCACGACAGCGCAUAUGGUGUUGUGUAAGUGGGAUCAAGAGGAGGGAUGGGCAGCACCGGAAAUGAUGCCAUACGGGAAAAUAUCUCUAGAGCCGACUGCCAGCGUCUUGCAUUACGCAACAGAGUCUUUUGAGGGCAUGAAGGUCUACCGCGGCUACGACAACAAGAUCAGGCUUUUCCGACCCCGUUUGAACUGCGAGCGUCUUAUCAAAUCCAAUGCGCGAGUUUGUCUGCCCUCGUUUAACCCAGAGCGCUUACUAGAAAUCCUCAUCGCGUACCUCGCUAUCGAGUGUCGUCGUUGGCUGCCCGAGCCAGGUUCCAAUCUUUACGUUCGACCUGCCAUGAUUGGUAGCGGAUCUGCGCUGGGCAUCCAGAAACCGCCCGAAGCGCUGUUCUUCCUAUUCGCCGCGCUGUUCCCGCAAUCAUCCCGAUCGUCACCAGGCAUCAAGCUCGUCGCAAGCGACUCCGAGUACAUUCGAGCGUGGCCCGGUGGUUUUGGCACUGCCAAAGUUGGUGCCAGCUACGGCCCAGCUAUGGUGGCACAUGCCAAAGCCAAAGAGCAGGGUUGCAGCCAAACGUUGUGGCUAUUUGGAGAGGAGAAGCUGGUGACGGAGGCUGGAGCAAGCAACUUCUUUGUUGUCUGGCGGCUUGAUGAUGGCACGAUUGAGCUGGUUACUAGCUCGCUGGACACCGGCGUCAUCUUGGAAGGCAUCACAAGACGUAGUGUGUUGGAAAUAGCUCGGGAGAGGCUUAUAGAGGGCACAGCUUCGGCUGGCCUAACUCCGCUCAAGGUCACUGAGCGCCCAUUUUCCAUGGACGAGAUUCUCAAAGCGCAUCAUGAGGGAAGACUUAUCGAGUCUUUCGUUUCUGGUACAGCGAUGUUCAUUAGCCCUGUUUCUAUGAUUCGGUACGGCAAUGAGGAUAUACACUUCCCGAUGACGGUCACGGAUGACAACCAGAAAACUCCUCUGUCUAAAUACUCGUCAGCGAUCAAGUCUUGGUUGGAGGAUAUUAUCUACGGUCGGACAGAGCACGAGUGGGGUUACGUGUUACCCGGCCAGUAG